GGCAGGAAAGAGAGGGAGAUUAGGAGCAUCUGGGUGGGUGGUGUUGAAGAGGAUGGGGAGGAAAAGGAGAUAGACAGAUAGACGGAUAGAUAGAGAGAGAGAGAGAGAGAGAGAGAGAGAGAGAGAGAAAGGGGGUUGUUAGUUUUGUAUCUGGAGAUGUAAAUCAUUAUUCCUAAAGCAGAUUUUAAAAGGAUUGAUCAAGUAACCAAGUCGAUGGAGACCUGAAUUCACUGCUCAAGUCACUUCUACAGAUUAUUUUCUUUCUCCUUCUCUCUCUCUCUCUCUUUCUAUUCUCUGUUUUAUAAUGAGUAUAUCUGGAACCAGAAUGUGCUAUGCUGCUCUGGAUGGGAAUUAAGACAGUGGGGCAAGAGUAAGAGGAGGAUGGCGUAUACACAGGACAGUUGGAACCCAUCAAUGAGGGUCUUCUGUCCAGACUGUCUGACUUCCUGUUGUGUCGCUGGUCGUGCCACUCCUGUUGGCAGUGGUGCUGGGAGUGUAGCUGCUGUCAACCCACUGAUGAGGAGGUGGAGAUUCUGGGGCCUUUCCCAGCUCAGACUCCAUCAUGGCUUCUCAAUGAAUGUAAUGAUGUGAAAGGCUCAAAUUCUCACAUCAUGGCCUAUGAACCUGCUUCACCUGCUUUAUCUGACACCGCCACAAACUGCAGGCCAUCCACUUCAGAGACCUUGCGUUCCACCUUCAGCCUGGCAGGCCAGCUCGCCAGUCUGAAUGCCCGACGACCUAGCUCCCCCAUAGUGGAUGUAAAGCCUGUAGAAUUUUGGGCCAUGGGGCCCAAGAAAGAAGUGGUGCAGCCAUUGCGUAAACCCCCAACACCACCAGAUGACUACUUCCGCAAACUGGAGCCUCGCCUGUACUCCUUGGACUCGUGUAGUGAUGAUGUUGACUGUCUGACCGAUGAGGAGAUUCAGGUACGUUACCAACUGGGCAUGCUGCACUUCAGCACACAGUAUGAUCUCAUCAACAGCCACCUCACUGUGCGAGUCAUCGAGGCCCGGGACAUUCCCCCACCCUUAACAUGUGAUGGUGCUCGUCAGGACAUAGCUCACUCAAACCCCUAUGUGAAGAUGAGCCUACUUCCUGACCACAAGAACUCCAGACAGACUGGGGUCAAACGCAAGACCCAAAACCCAGUUUUUGAAGAACGAUUCACUUUUGAGGUCCCUUUUCUAGAGGCACAAAGACGCACACUGCUGCUCUCUCUUGUGGACUUUGACAAGUUUUCACGGCACUGUGUCAUUGGGAAAGUUGCUCUCCCUCUUAGUGAGGUUGAUUUAGUAAAAGGAGGACAUUGGUGGAAGGCCCUGGUGCCCAGCUCCCAGAAUGAGGUUGAGCUCGGUGAACUUCUUCUGUCCCUAAACUAUCUGCCCAGUGCUGGGAGGCUGAAUGUGGACAUUAUCCGAGCAAAGCAGCUGCUUCAGACAGAUAUGAGCCAAGGUUCAGAUCCUUUUGUGAAGGUGCAGUUAGUGACAGGGCUAAAGCUAAUGAAGACCAAGAAAACAUCCUGUAUGAGGGGCACCAUCGACCCAAACUACAACGAGUCCUUCAGCUUUCGUGUAUCUCAAGAGGACCUGAGUGAAGUCAGCCUUGUUUUUACAGUUUAUGGGCACAACAUGAAGAGUAGCAACGAUUUUGUCGGCCGCAUUGUGAUCGGCCAGUUCUCCACUGGUGCGCAGGAAACAACACACUGGCGCAGGCUUCUGCGCUCCCAGCGCAACCCGGUGGAACAGUGGCACAGCCUGCGCUCUCGUGCUGAGUGUGACCGCGUUUCCCCGGCUUCUCUUGAGGUCACAUAGUACUAACACAUGACAGUCAGCAGCAGAGGUGGGAUAAACAUCUGCAGUACCGAACUUUGUGAAUUUACUGAACCCCACAAAACAAACAUCUGGGAGUUUCUUGAGGAUUCUGCAUUGUGUAAAAGUGACAGUUCACCUAAAAAUGUAAAUUGUAUCAUCAUUUAUUCACCGUCAUGUUGUUUCAAAUGCAUUUUUAACUUUCCCUCUUCCAUGGAAUACAAAAGGAGAUGUUAGCCUUAGUCACCAUUCACUUUCAGUGUAUGAAAAAACACAAUGCAAUGAAAGUGAAUUGAGGAUGAGAAUGUAAGUCCUUAACAUUCUGCCUAAUAUCUCUGUUUGUGUUCCACUAAAGAAAGAAAGUCAUAUAGGUUUGGAAUAACAUGAAGGUCAGUAAAUUAUCACAAAAACGCAAAUUUUUGGGUCAAUUAUCCCUUUUGUUUUAAAAGACAAACAAAUAUCUUAAACCACAGAUUCUACAGAAUGUUUUCUUUUUAUCACAUUGAUACUAUCUUACACAAGAAGUCAAUAAUGUCAUCAUCAUCUGACCCUCAGCUGCAUUCAGCCUGCUCAGGCAGCUUGAGUGUAGGCUGAAGCAGCCAAGACCACAACUAACCACUGGGCUGGGCUGCAGUGUUUUAAUUAUAAUAUUGUUUCUUUUUUUUAUAGAUUUUAAUAUGAUUACUGAUAAUCAGUUUUUGAAGUAGUUGGAAAUCAGUCCAAAUCCUGUGGUGGCACAGUAUUUUUAUUUCCUUCAGGUUUGAUUAUUUAAAGUCAGCAUUUUACACCAAAGCUUCUGUUUAGUGAUAUGUAUCACUGUUUUUCAUACACAUUUUGACCUUAGAUUUUGUUAAAAGAGUUCACCCCAAAAUGAAAAUUCUGCUAUCGUUUACUAACCCUCAUGUUGUUCCAAACCCAUAUGAAGCGAACAUUCUGCCUAACAUCUCCUUUUAUGUUUUAUGAAAGAAAGGAAGUCAUAUGGGUUGGAACAACAUGAGGCUGAGUAAAUGAUGGUAGAAGUUUAAUUUUUGGGUGAACUAUACUUUUAAGUGUUUGUGAGAUUGUGUGCAUUUGGUAAAUGUUUGCACUCGUUGCAGCUGAGGUCUGUAUCACCAUGUAAAAAUGCAUUUGUGUUAUUGUCUACAACAGUGAACAUAUUUUGGGCAAUAUAGUGCCAUUCCGACAAGGUGCAGAUACAUGUAUUUCUCUUUGCUCUGUUACCGUCAAUCUCCUAGUCAAAUGCUCUUGCCAAGUUCAGUUCAUAUGUUGUUUGAGCGACAUGCUGUAAAUGUAAUUUGUCUACUUCUUUUCAGUCAAUUGUUUUUAACAUUAAAGUAUAUAGGCAUAAAUAGGAUGAUAUGAUUGGAAAUAUACAUAUUUAGCAUAAAAAUAUAUAUAUUUAGCAUAGAAUCUAAGUAAAAUCAGAAACAUUUCAGUAUCUGUCUCCUUUCUUGUGUGACCUGUGUGUGCUAAGUUGUUGUUUAAGGUCAAGAGUCAAUUGUAUGAUUCCACCAAUGUCAAUGUUAAUGUAGAUGACAGUCAAAAUUAUAAGAGUGGUAAAAAUCUUAAUAAUAAUGAUGCUGUACCAGGAAAAAUAUGUAUUUAUUUAGAUUAUAAAUGCAUAUACUGUAAUAGAUAUAUAUGUAUCUCUGCAAACAUAUCGGUAUAUAUUUAUAACUUAAACUGUGUAUUGAACAAAUGCAUGUUGCAAUAUAGAAGAAAAAACUGAAAGAAAUGGACAAAAUCAUGAAAAUAAUGUAAAAAAUUAAAACGCUGUUAAAAUGACCUGUUUCAAAGGUGGCUGUUUUGAACUGUGUCUUCAUUUUAUUCUUAACCAAAACAUUUAGUCCACCGUCUCCUUGUCUGCUCUGAAUCCUCUGAGAGUAUGUACCGAUGCUGCUCUUUGUGAGAUGGUUUAUUGCGAUGAGUCUUAAAGUGUACGGUUUGGUAGAGUGUGAGAAGAAACAAAGCAGACCUCUGAAACUGAUCAGCAGAAUCCCUUUAAAGGUCUAUUUUACAGAGAUUGUAUCAGUGAUGAAAACGUUUUUUGGAAAGCUGUUGCAUUAAAGUGAUGU